UGCUCCUCCUGCAAUCCAGCCCCCUCUCAUGUCAUCCCUCUACAUAGUACACUUUUGCAGGCGUACCACUACUAAUAAUUGCUUCCUUCGCUCUCCAUUUCUUCUUGAUUUGUUGUUACUCUAAAGAUCACCACCAACCACUCUCCCCUAAACCACACCCAGGCUACACACCACUCUCCUCCUUACCAGAGUCCAAUCUUUUUUAUCAAGAACAAAUUAACAACCCCUCACUUUUCGCCCCAGAAUAAUCGUCCAAUCUUAGUAUAUUUGCCUACACAUUGCUCCCAAAUCCAAUGUUUUGGGCUAUACCACCCCUCAAAUCUCCCCUUUUUCAUCACUCCAUCCUGUCCUAAAUCCCCUUCUCCCUCUCUCUCAAAGUCCAACUUUUCCCACUGGCUGCAUCCUCUGCAAAACCCAAUCUUGAUUGCCCAUUUAUUCUUCGCAGGAAUCCAGCCUUUCUGCAUCCAAUUCUCUGCCGGAAUCCAAGCCUUGGCAGGCUGCCCUAUUCAAAACCCAGUCUUGAGCACCGAAUUCUGCUCAAAAGCCAGAGUUGUUGCGGAGAUCCACCGUUUCUGGUUGAGCUCGCCGCCGCAGUCCGAUGUCGGACUCGGGGCUUUCCCAGAGCACCGUCGUGUUCGGGCUCCACCUGUGGGAGCUCAUCGGCAUCGCCGUCGGCGCCGCCUUCGUCCUCCUCCUCGUCCUCCUCUCCCUGCUCUGCCUCCUCGCCAACCGCCGUCGCCGUCGCCGCCGCGCCCCGCCCACGCCCGUCCUCCACCUCUCCACCGUCGCGCCCAAUGCCCAUCCCAAGCACCCCACCAAGCCACCCAAGGACAUCCAAGAAGUGCCCUCUCGCGGCGCGGCGGCCCCCGCCGCCGCUUCCAAGGUGCCGCUCGCACAGGUGCUCCAGGCCACCCCGCAGGAGUCCAUCCAGAUCGAGACCGGCAAGGAGCACCGCAUCACCUUCCCGGAGCAGCCGCCGCCCCACCACCAGCGUAGCGGAGGAACGUCGUCGCGCGGGGCCAGCGGCGAGAGCCGCGGAGGUGGUGGGGAGCCGGGUGUGCCCGAGGUGUCCCACCUGGGGUGGGGCCACUGGUACACUCUGAAGGAGCUGGAGGCAGCGACGGCAAUGUUCGCCGACGAGAAGGUGAUUGGGGAAGGCGGCUACGGCAUCGUGUACCACGGCAUUCUCGAGGACGGCUCACAGGUUGCCGUCAAGAACUUGCUGAAUAAUAGGGGACAGGCAGAGAGGGAAUUCAAGGUUGAAGUCGAAGCAAUCGGGCGGGUGCGGCACAAAAACCUCGUGCGGCUGCUGGGAUACUGUGCUGAGGGUAACCAAAGGAUGCUUGUCUAUGAGUUUGUCAAUAACGGAACCUUGGAGCAAUGGAUUCACGGUGAUGUUGGUCCUGUGAGCCCUCUUACAUGGGACAUAAGAAUGAAGAUUAUUCUUGGAUCAGCAAAAGGUUUAAUGUAUUUGCACGAGGGACUUGAGCCAAAGGUUGUUCACCGUGAUGUCAAGUCAAGCAAUAUCCUACUUGACAAGCGUUGGAACGCCAAGCUUUCUGAUUUCGGGCUAGCAAAGCUUUUGGGCUCAGAGAGGAGUUAUGUCACGACCAGGGUUAUGGGGACAUUUGGGUACGUUGCUCCAGAGUAUGCAGGCACGGGCAUGUUGAAUGAAACUAGUGAUGUCUAUAGUUUUGGGAUUCUUAUUAUGGAAAUAAUAUCUGGUAGGGUACCAGUAGAUUACAACAGGCCACCUGGAGAGGUUAAUCUUGUUGAAUGGCUGAAGACGAUGGUCAGCAGCCGAAAUUCAGAGGGGGUUUUGGAUCCCAAGAUGACUGAGAAACCUACUUCUAGGGCAUUGAAGAAGGCUUUGCUAGUGGCUCUGCGAUGUGUCGACCCUGAAGCUCGCAAGAGGCCAAAGAUUGGUCAUGUGAUUCACAUGCUUGAAGUUGAUGAUUUCCCAUACAGAGAUGAACGCCGAGGUAGCAGAGCUCCAGGUCAAGCAAAAUUGGCAGAAACACCUUCAAGCGAACCCGGUGAUAGUAGCGGAAACGACACACCAAGAGAUACACCAAAAGGUCAAUUGAAAGCAGACAAUAUCAAGUGGAGAAAUCAAGAGACCUAGCUAUCCGGCAAAUGGUAAUUAUUCCAGAUCUUUGUGCCUGAUCAAGAAGCUGGAUCGCGCAAACAUACAAACAUGCUCGUUUGCUGCUCCAAGGGUUGGAUCAGGUGUGGAACCAUGCAAGGCGUCUAUGGAGAUCGUGAUAGCAUCUGUACAUUAUUGGAUUAAUAUGUUAGGCAUAGAGAUUUUUUGGUUGGUUUCUCUGGAUCAUGUUUAUGUACAAGAUAUUUCCCGUAUGAUAAAAGCGCUAUAUACUCUUUGUGGUGAA